AUGAGUUCCCAAAAUAGCUUCGUCAAUGCUUCUGUGAGCUCCAACACUGUCAGCACAAGCGCCGCCUCUGCGGUCCGAUCGCGUCCUCGUCGCUUGGUCUCUUUCAUGGACGAUGAAUCUGACAACCCGGCCUUUAAGAACAACAAUCUCUCAUACAAUGACGCUCAACCGCUUGCAUCGGGCACAAAGCUGUCCACGGAGAGCGGGACGCUUCGUUCCCGCGGUGCAACCCCCUCGCCUCUGUCCUCGCGCGGCACAUCACCAUUACCAAUGACACAUCCUUCCCGAGUCACCGAAUCUUCAUAUCGGGGUCGUCACAACGAAACGGGAUCACUGGGGUCGAACGGAUCAUCGAAAGCCUCAUCAUCACGAGGGGCUGCCGAUUUUCUGGACUCAUCCUGGUCGUCACUCCAGAAUCUGGCAUCAUCGGUAUUAGGGAGUGACGCCGGACAGAAUACACCAACUAAUGCGAACAAGACAAAUACACGGAGGAAGCCAUCACGGUCAGACGUAUAUAUUCGGAGUAUCCCGAGGUCAACGCCCUCGGCGUGGGGUCCAUCAGGACCUUCCACCCCGGACAUUGGAAAUGCGACCAAGGAGGAAAGACAGGCACUAGUACAGGCGAAGAAGCGCGAGGCAUUACUCCUCGCAGACUCUGACCCAAUCACAAGUCGCAACUUUCGACACAAGAAACGCGAUUCGGGAGAUUAUUUUGACCAGCCGCUGAACCCAGAGCAUGAUGAAGAGGCACUUGCUUAUAUACACCAUGUGCAGGCCACGGACAGCAUCACCGGAGUGACCAUUAAAUAUGGCUGUCAAGCAGCAGUAUUCCGAAAAGCCAACGGGUUCUGGCCGAAUGACAAUAUUCAAAGCAGGAAGACGGUCCUCCUACCAGUGGAAGCAUGCACGGUGAAAGGGCGGCGGAUUACAGAAGAGCAACCCGAUCUCUUGGGUGACGAUAAUGAAGAUCCGAAUGACAGCUCUAUUACACCUCAUGCGGACUCUACAAACGACUCGAUACCAGACCAUACAAAUCCUAGCUCUUGUGGAUCUCAAGUCAAUCGCAUCUGGAAGCAUGAAUCCUGGGUGCAAAUAGACGGAUUCCCCUCAAGGGUCGAGAUUGGCCGCGUUCCUCGGAGGGCACUAGGAUUUUUUUCCUCGCACUCGUCGGAAAUCCGUGAGUCCAUCUCCAGCUGGGUCGCCGUCAAUCGGUUCAUUCCAAAGCGUCCUCCCCGCAUUCGAACUCGCGGUGAUGAAACCAAGCCGCGCCCUGCGCACCCCAUGCGCCCGCAGCACCGCCGACAACGCAGCAGCAUCAACCUGUCCGGUACCGGGGUUGGUACCCUCGAUAGCGAUUCUACCGCACCCGGGCCUGCAAUGGACGGUCUCACCCAGUGGCUCUCCAAGCAUGUGACGUCUCUCGCCCCGCCUGGUCCACUGCAAAAUAACCGGAAAUAUUCUUAUGGUUCUGAGUCCACCGGUACACCCAAUGCAUCAGGGCUUGAGAACAUCGGUGGCGCCCUGGAGGGCUGGGUCCGAAAGGUUGCAACACGCGCCAAGGCCGGUAUCAACGACCUCCAACAAGGCAACCCAACCCAACAAGCCGGAAACCGAGGUCGUAACAUCGGACUCUGGGGCAUGGGCGAUCUCAUCGAGAUGGACGAUGCAUCCGAAGACCGAAGGUCGCCCAGCGUAUUCGGGACCUCACGCCGACCUGACCAGCAAAGCGCGUCCUCUUCCUCUGCAUUCCAGACCGGAGCAUCCGCGUCCUCGACGAGCAGGUCUCGCGUGAAUGGUCUCGGAAUGGGCUCAGAAUUGGGUUCAACCGACCGCCUGAAAGAUGACUGA